AUUGAUUCUUUUUUCAAGAGGAAAUUUUGUGACGGUGAAAGAGAUGAAGAAAUUAUAACUUCUACAUCUGAAACUAUCUCUGAGAAUCCAAGAAUUGAAGAAAAUAAUAUUCGUCUUUCCAAGGUUCCUAGAGUUUUCGAAGAUGACUUUGAGAAAUGUUUAGAACGUGAUCCCGGAAAGCGCCCUCAAAUUUGGCAAUAUCCACCAAAUAAAUUGGAUGCAAUACGAAAAGCGUAUCUAAAAUUUGGUCCUUAUCAAAUAAAUUUAAAAGAAUAUCCUUUAUCUGGCAACGAGGUUCAUCCAAGACGGUUUCAAUAUGCUUGGUUUAACAUAUUUUCUUCAUGGCUAGAAUAUUCACCUUCUAAAGAUGCUGCAUAUUGUUUACCAUGCUAUCUAUUUAGCAAAAGACCAACUGGACGUCCUGGAUCAGAUGUCUUCAUUGGUACAGGUUUUAGAAAUUGGAAGAAAGUUAAAAAUGGAAAAUUUUGCGCUUUUCUCAAACACAUAGGGAUGGAUCCUUGCUCACCACACAACAAUGCAAUGAAAGCUUGUCUAGACUUGUUGAAUCAAGAUGGACAUAUUAGGAAUACUUUUCAAGUGCAAAGCUCAGAACAAAUUUUGAAGAAUCGAAUACGUCUCAAGACAUCAAUUGACACUGUUCGUUGGUUAACACUUCAAGCUUGUGCUUUUAGGGGACAUGAUGAAACUAGCGGGUCAAGAAAUCAAGGCAAUUUUCUUCAAUUGAUAAAACUCUUGGCAACUUACAAUGAUGAAGUUGCGAAAGUUGUGUUGGAAAAUGCUCCAUAUAAUUCUAAAUAUACUUCACAUCAAAUUCAAAAAGAGAUUUUGCAUAUUCUUUCUAGUAGGGUGAGAAAACAUAUAUGUGAAGAAAUUGGUGAUUCCAAAUUUUGCAUCGUUGUAGAUGAAGCUCGUGAUGAAUCAAAAAGGGAACAAAUGUCUCUUGUGUUAAGAUUUGUUGACAAAGUUGGUUUAAUACAAGAGCGAUUUUUUUUUGUGGCACAUGUUAAAGACACUACAACUUUAACUCUGAAAGAAAAAGUAUGUGAUAUACUUUCUCGACAUAAUCUUGAUGUUUCUAACAUGCGUGGUCAAGGGUAUGAUGGUGCUAGUAAUAUGAGAGGAGAAUGGAACGGUUUACAAGCACUGUUUAUGAAAGAUUGUCCUUACGCAUACUAUGUCCAUUGUUUUGCUCAUCGAUUGCAACUUGCUUUGGUUAGUGCAUCAAGAGAAAUUGUUCCAAUUCAUAAAUUUUUUGAGAAGCUCACUUUUGUUGUUAAUGUUGUUUGUUCUUCUACUAAGCGUCAUGAUGAGUUACAAGCUGCUCAAUUAGAGGAAAUUGCACAUUUGCUAGAAAUUGAUGAGAUUGUAACUGGUAAAGGUAUAAAUCAAAUUGGUACUUUGAAACGAGCUGGGGAUACUCGUUGGGGAUCACAUUUCUCUUCUAUUUGUAGCUUGAUAAAUAUGUAUGAGGCAACUUGUAUUGUUUUAAAAAAAAUUACAAAUGAAAGAGCAAGUUAUUCUACACGUGGGGAUGCUGAUAGUGCUUAUAAUUAUUUGAAGGCGUUUGAUUUUAUAUUUAUCUUGCAUUUGAUGAAAAAAAUUAUGGGGAUAACUGAUAUACUUUGUCAAGCCUUACAACAACAAUCUCAGGAUAUAGUUAAUGCCAUGUGUUUGGUUGGAACAACAAAGUAUCUUAUUCAAGUAUUGAGAGAAGAUGGUUGGGAUGCAUUAUUUACUGAAGUGAAGAACUUUUGUGAAAAACAUGAUAUUGAAAUUCCUGAUCUCAACGAUGUUCAUUCAACAACAAAAUUUGGACGAUCUCGUCUUCAACAAGGUCAGGUUACAAUAGAGCAUUAUUUUAGAGUUGAAAUAUUUUUUACUGCCAUUGAUCAACAAUUACAAGAGUUGAAUAACAGAUUUAGUGAGCAAGCAAUAGAUUUGUUAACUCUAAGUUGUGCUUUGACUCCUAAGGAUAAUUAUAAAUCUUUUAACAUUGAAAAAAUUUGCACUCUAGUUGAAAAAUAUUACCCUGUGGAUUUCAACAUGCAAGAGAAGAUUAAUUUGAAAUUUCAACUCCAACAUUUCUUAAUUGAUGCUCGUCAAGAUUUAAAUUUGAAGAAUUUAUCAACUAUCCAAGAAUUGUGCUCAUGUUUGAUUGCAACUGAAAAGACGCAAAAUUUCUACUUGAUUGAUAGACUACUUCGUCUUAUCAUGACUCUUCCGGUUUCUACUGCCACAACUGAAAGAUCUUUUUCAGCAAUGAAAAUUAUUAAAUCAAGGUUAAGAAACAAGAUGGAAGAUGACUUUUUAGCAGAUACCAUGACGAUUUAUAUUGAAAGGGAAAUUGUUGCAAGUAUCACUUCUGAGUCUAUUAUUGAUGAUUUCAAAUUAAUUAAAGAGCGUAGAGCAUUACUUUAA